AGAGCACAGAGCUUAGGACACGGGUUCAGCUCCCCCUUGGAGGAGGGAAGAAAGCAGCCCACGCGGGACAGGGCGUCCCAGGCGCUGCACCGACAGCAUGAGUUUCCCGCGAGGCUCCCACGAUCGGCCCGCGAGCAACUCCAGCCUGUGGUGGCCUUUGAUAGCCGCCGAGGGUGUCAACGCCAGCCGGGAGGCAUCCGGGCUUGAGGAAGGUAGCGGCCCGCCAGGGGAUGUGCGCGAUGAGGAGCUGGCCAAGGGGGAAAUCGCUGUGCUGGCGGUGAUUUUCGUGGUGGCCGUGCUGGGCAAUAGCAGUGUGCUGCUGGCGCUGCAUCGCACGCCUCGCAAGACGUCCCGCAUGCAUCUCUUCAUCCGACACCUCAGCCUGGCAGACCUGGCGGUCGCCUUCUUCCAAGUGCUGCCACAGCUGUGCUGGGACAUCACCUACCGCUUCCGCGGGCCGGACUGGCUGUGCCGCGUGGUGAAGCACCUGCAGGUGUUUGCUAUGUUCGCGUCUGCCUACAUGCUGGUGGUCAUGACCGCGGACCGCUACAUCGCGGUGUGCCACCCGCUCAAGACCCUGCAGCAGCCUGCGCGCCGCUCGCGCCUCAUGAUCGCUGCCUCCUGGGUGUUGAGUUUCCUACUGAGCACGCCACAGUACUUCAUCUUCUCUAUGAUUGAAAUCGAGGUGAACAACAGCACCAAAACUCAAGACUGCUGGGCUACCUUUAUCCAGCCUUGGGGUCCCCGUGCCUACGUGACCUGGAUGACCAGCGGUGUCUUUGUGGCACCUGUGGUCGUCUUGGGUACUUGCUAUGGCUUCAUCUGUUACCACAUCUGGAGCAACGUCCGCGGGAAGACAGUGUCGCGACAGAGCAAGGGCAGCAAGGGCUCUGGGGAAGCCUUGGGUCCCUUCCACAAGGGGCUUCUGGUCACGCCUUGUGUCAGCAGCGUGAAGACCAUUUCCCGCGCCAAGAUCCGCACAGUGAAGAUGACCUUUGUCAUCGUAACUGCAUACAUCCUCUGCUGGACACCUUUCUUCAUCGUCCAGAUGUGGUCAGUCUGGGAUGACGAUUUCGCCUGGACCGAUUCAGAAAAUCCUUCCAUAACCAUCACCGCGUUACUGGCUUCCUUGAACAGCUGCUGCAACCCGUGGAUAUACAUGUUUUUUAGUGGCCAUCUCCUGCAAGACUGCGUCCAAAGUUUGCCGUGCUGCCAAAGCGUGGCUCAGAAAUUCACCAAGGACGACUCAGACAGCAUGAGCCGAAGACAGACUUCGUUCUCCAACAACCGAAGCCCAACAAACAGCAUCGGGACAUGGAAGGACUCGCCUAAAUCUUCCCAGUCCAUCAGAUUCAUUCCUGCUUCCACCUGAGCU